UUGUAUUAUUGAUAAAGGCAGGAAAAAAUGUCUUACCACUAAAGUGGUAUGCUUACUAUUUUUGUUGAGAGACUUCCAUAUACAACACAGAAGUCUACCGCGUGCCACGUGGCGGCGCAGAUGGCGUUCCCGCCAACAUCCAUUUCCCGGGAACUUUGUACGGUACCCCUUCUAUAUAAACACACGCAUUGAUUCCGGCCCGCCAGCAUCCGUUUCCCUCUUCCUCUUCUUCUUCGAUCCAAAGCAGAGAGCCGAGAUGGACUCCGAAGCGCAACCCAAGCCUUCCAUCUCGACCAAGAAGACGCCCUCCUCGUCUCCCGUCGACCAUCCCCCGGAACCACCAGCCAAGGCCGUGGCGCCUGCCGACCAGAUCUGGACGCCGGAGAAGCCGGUGCGGAGUACCGCGACUCGGUCCGAUGUUGCUCGAUCCAGCGACGUCGACGAUCUCCUCCCGGGGGAGGAGCCACUCCUCUUUGAGUCCUCGAAGGCCAAACCCCUCAUCAAGCUUCCUGAAAAGUAUGAGAUGCUGUGUAAAUUCUUCGAUAGCAUGGUGACUUCGAUACGGUUGCUUCAGGGAAGAUCAUCCACGCCCACAUUCGCAAAGAUCCUCACCAUGAGUCAGAUUUUGGCGGAAAGGAGCUUCACUUAUGCACAUUUAGCACAGUCGAUGUACAUAAUGCCUGAAGCUAUAAUGAUCAAGAAGGUGGUUUUGCAUGAUGAGACCACUUGUUGUGUGAAGCCGGAGCUUCAGAUCACUCUGCAAGUUGAUGCAGUAGCCGAGAACAUCAAUGGAGAAAGUGGGAGUAAGUAUUCAAUCCUGACGAAGCUCUUCAGGGAAAGGAUUGUUGACUUCUACAAUGGCCAUCCACAGGAAGAUGAGGUCCCUGAGGUGCAAUUGCCACAUCCAUUUAACCAAACAAAGCCAAGUGUACUUCCAAGAGCCUUAAACUUCAAUUUCGAACCAACACGCACUGAGUCUACGUCAAGUGCCGCUACCCAGCAACAAUUCUUAGUGCCGUCUCACAUACCCCGAUCUUUUCGCAGGUGGUUUUCUAAGAAAAUUCCCAUUCCUGCUUCAGAGAAAACUCCUCUUAUGUGUCUCAGCCAAGCUUGGCCUAAAGAUGAUCUCUCUGUUUCUGCUGCUUCGUCUCCCAUAAAAUGCACCUCAAAUCCACCCAUAAUCAAGAAGUCUUUGCUCUGUUCUUCCAUUUCAAACACCUUAUCGAGCAACUGUAGAAUUUCUGAAGAGGAAACCCACAUGUUGGUAAGAGCUGACAAUAGUCCUCCAAAGGAACCAAAUAUACCGGAGGAGACACCUGCAAAAACAGUUUCCACUCCCUUGAGGUUAAUGUGUAAUACGCCAGAGCUUCCCACACCAAAGAGACGUAGGCCAUCCCCUAGUUGUGAUUCUACACCGUUGAACAAAUCUUUGAAGCGUUCAACGCGGACAAACCUGUUUAUGACUCCAGAAAAUAGCGCAAAAGCAGGGGAGGAAGAGAACACAGGUAGAAGUGUGUCUUCUGCUGCUGCUGCUGAUGAUGAUGAUGAUGAUGUUCUCGAUAUUCAACCUGAAUCACUCUUGUAAUCGGUGAGUUCUUUGAGGUUUCUGCAAAAAAUUAUGAAUUAUCUGUGCAGUCAUUUCACAAUAGGUGCACCAAUAAGCAAUGAUAGAUUGAUUAUGUCCUCAUUUGUACCAUUUUGAUGAUCUUACACUAUGCUGAUUAACAUCAUCAUUUCUCUAUCUUUUAGAUACGUUUGUUUAGUUUAGCAUUGGCUUCAUGCUCUCCUCUGCCUAAAACUGUAGGCAUUAUGUUACAGCCGAAAGUUAAUCACUGCAUGUUCUUGUUUGGAUUGCCAUAAUGUUGUUUUGGGUCAACAUGAAUUUGUGUGCGAGAUAAAUUUAUAUAACAAAUUAAAAGUUAUGGUCUGUGUUUUGGAUCGUUAAACAUACUGUAUGAUGUUCUUUUUUUUUUUUUUUGGGUAAUACUCUAUACUCUUCUUUUGACUAUUUGGGGAAUGCCUUCAUUUGAAUAAUUACUUUGGGAACAAGUCUUCUAUUAUGGGACUUUCUGUUUAUUAUUUCAUGUUUGCAAACACAUUUGUAAGAGCAAUUGAAGGCCUAAUUACUGUACAUUUUUUCGGAUCCGGGAGGAGGAGCAGAAAGCAGCAGAGGAGAAAGAGGCUGGUGUUGCCAAUGCAAUCAAAAGGCAAAAGUUGAUAAUAGCUUCUUUGCCUAAUACAUUUGACAUGAUUCGACUCAUAUUUUGCUCAAAGAUGACAUCUGCCAUGACAAAGCAAGAGCCAGUCAACAUUACUUUGAAAUCCUUGAUGCUUCUGCAUGUAACAUUAAAGCUUUCAGAGCUAAAUUCCUGGGACUAGAAUUUGCAGCUGAAGUGGAAGAACAGUUGAAACUCCUGCUAGAACUAGUUCCAGAUUGGACCUCUGAAAAGAUUGCCUACGGUGGACACAUUUUCUGUGUGUAAGAUUUCUGUGUUUGCUAAGAAAAGCCUAUUGGGACUUUCGAUUGCUAUGUUUCUGUGGCCUUAUAUAUAGGCUCAAUAGGGAUGCCAGGAGAAAACGAUGGUCAGAAGUUGGUUCUUGUUUGCCUCAGAAACUUCUUUCGAUUAAUGCUUUACAUGCAUUCACUCAAGAUCAGAAGUCCUAACCAUGCAUUUGCUCCUGCAAUUUAUCAUCUAGAAGAAGAUUGAAUUUUGUGAAGUAGAUGUUCUGUAUUGUUACUGUCUGUGAUGCAUGAUUAUGACCAGAUAGUUACAUCAAAAUAUGUACUGACUCAUAAAUGUUAA